GCGUUGCAGGGAGACGGUUUCCGAGGAGCCCGGUAUAAAGCGGCCGCUGCUGCCCGCACCCGUCCGCUUAGCCCGCGCCGGCCCGAUCCGACUCGCGCUGACCCGCCCCCGGGGAGCAGCCGGGCCCCAGCCGCCCCGUCCUGACCGACCCACCUGCCGCAGCCAGCCACCCCCUCCGCGGCCACAGGGGCCAGGUACCGGGCAGAGGGGGAGACCCGGCGGCAGGGACCUUCACUGCCAUCUAUUUACUAUGCCUCUCUGCUUGCACUGCUUGAGGAAGAGAAGCCAGCUGUUUUAACGCCUAAACUGCUUGAAUGCCAGAUUAAUCAGCCACUCGAUGGGGAUUAACAGUGGAGCACCUUUUUGUGUCGCCUUUCCACCUCUGCAUAGCAAGAAUAACAACUUCAGCACCUUGUCAAUAAUAAUUAUGAAACUGGUAUUAACUGAAUGGCAAUUAUGGAUUUUUAACUCUAAUUCACAGUAAACGUAGCAAGCCAUAUGUUGAAAUUCCUACUAAGUAGCUUCCUGUUCUUUGUUUCAUACCUACCUGAGAAGUUGUGAAAUACCUAUCUGUACAAGAGGAAUAUAAGCAUUACUUGCACCAGGAACACAACAGAAGCUGAAAGAGAAGACAUCUUAGAGAUAUGAUAGUAUUUAUAGAUCUAUAAUAAAUAUAUAUAUUUUUAUGGUAAUGAAAAUGGCUCCCCAGAACGCUGACUCGGAAUCUAUGCAAGUUCAAGAGCUACCUGUGACAGAUCUUCAGAAACCAGCAAACAAAGAGAAUGAGAGUAGGGAGGAGACUAUUAGCGAAGGAUCCAUAAAUCGGAUACCAGUACGCCUGUGGGUGAUGCAUGGUGCAGUGAUGUUUGGCAGGGAAUUCUGUUAUGCCAUGGAGACAGCAUUGGUAACCCCAGUAUUGUUGCAAAUUGGUCUUCCUGAGCAAUACUACAGCCUCACUUGGUUCCUUAGCCCCAUCCUGGGCCUGAUCUUCACUCCACUCAUAGGUUCGGCUAGUGACCGCUGCACACUGAGCUGGGGCCGCCGGCGGCCUUUUAUUCUUGCUCUCUGCGUUGGUGUCCUCUUUGGUGUUGCACUUUUCCUUAAUGGCUCUGUUAUAGGUCUGGCCAUUGGAGAUGUCCCAGACAAGCAGCCCAUUGGCAUAGUUCUCACAGUGCUUGGGGUGGUGGUAUUGGAUUUUUGUGCUGAUGCGACAGAGGGGCCAAUUCGGGCCUAUUUACUGGAUGUGGUGGACAGUGAAGAACAAGACAUGGCACUCAACAUCCAUGCCUUUUCAGCUGGUCUUGGAGGAGCCAUUGGCUAUAUGUUAGGAGGGCUGGAUUGGAUGCAGACCUUCUUCGGUGACCUUUUUAAAUCUCAAGAACAAGUACUUUUCUUUUUUGCAGCCAUUAUUUUCUCUGUCUCUGUUGCUCUUCACCUUUUUAGCAUUGAAGAAGAGCAGUAUAACCCUCAACAAGACAGAAUUGAAGAUGAAGCAGAUACACUUUCUAGUGUUAAGCUCAGUGGCAGCCUUCCACCUCUGAAUCGACUGAAUGUAAUUAGCGAGGAAGAUCCCUAUGGGACCUCUGUGUACCCAGAGGAGGUUCAGUCAGAGCAGGACCUUGAUAUGGAGUUCCUUGAGGUGGACAUCGUAAGGAGUAAGAGCGAUUCUGUUCUGCACAUGCCAGAUGCUACUCUGGAAAUUGAAUCAGAGCUGCUUUUUCUACAUGACAUUGAGCCCUCCAUUUUUCAGGACCCUUCAUACCCAAACACUCCCCUCAGCACCAGCCAGGAAUUUCUGAAGUGCAGAUUUAACCGCCUGUCUGCUUUCCUCAGGGAAAAUGAAAAAGAGGAGAUGUUGCUUGAUAAUCACUUGAAUGAAGCCAAAGUCCCAAAUGGCAAUGGCUCCCUACCAAAAGAUCUCCUCAAUGGACAUGCUAGGAUUGGCAUGAAGCAAUCUAGUACUUCAAACUCCAUGCGCAGGCGAAGGCACAUGUUCUAUCGUCAGCCAUCUUACACCUUCUCCUACUAUGGCAAAAUAGGUUCUCACCGCUAUCGUUUCCGACGGGCCAAUGCCAUUGUCUUGAUCAAGUCCUCCCGCAGCAUGAAUGAUAUCUACGACAUGCAGAAGAGACAGCGGCAGAGGUACAGGCACAGGAAUCAGAGUGGAACAACGAAUUCUAGUGGAGACACUGAGAGUGAAGAAGGGGAAACUGAAACCACUGUCAGACUUCUGUGGCUGUCUAUGCUAAAAAUGCCCAAUGAGCUCCUGAGGCUUUGCCUUUGUCACCUCUUAACCUGGUUUUCCAUCAUUGCUGAAGCAGUGUUUUAUACAGAUUUCAUGGGACAGGUCAUCUUUAAAGGGGAUCCCAAGGGUCCUUCUAAUUCUACUGAACUGCAUGCCUACAAUGCCGGAGUUCAGAUGGGCUGCAGGGGCUUGGUCAUUUAUGCUGCGACUGCUGCUGUUUGCUCAGCUUUACUACAAAAAUACCUGGACAACUACGACCUUAGUAUAAAGGUGAUCUACAUUCUGGGCACGUUGGGUUUUGCUAUUGGAACUGCAGUGAUGGCUAUGUUCCCCAAUGUGUACGUCGCUAUGAUAAUGAUCAGCACUAUGGGAAUCGUCUCUAUGAGCAUAUCCUACUGUCCUUACGCGCUUUUAGGACAAUACCAUGAUAUUAAAGAGUAUAUUCACCACAGCCCUGGGAACUCAAAGCGAGGAUUUGGCAUAGACUGUGCUAUCCUGUCAUGCCAAGUCUACAUCUCCCAGAUCCUGGUGGCCUCAGCACUUGGUGGAGUGGUGGAUCUAGUAGGCACAGUCCAGGUUAUUCCAAUGGUGGCAUCAGUAGGAUCCUUCCUGGGCUUUUUGACCGCUACAUUUUUGGUGAUUUAUCCUGAUGUCACAGAGGACCCAAAGGAAGAACAGAAAGGACUGAGCCCUCCCGAGACCACCGAAAGCAAUGGUGUGGAUGCAGAGAAACCAACUGCUAUAAAGCUCUCGCGUAAAGGGGCAGCCUCAUCAGAAGUGGAAAGCGAGUCAAUAGUUUGAACUGGUCGUUGUUGUUUAUACACAUUCCAAGCAGUUCAGGUGCAUGAAUGCAGGUGCAUGAAUGAGGACGUUCUUAAGGAAAAUUCUGACUCUCUUCAAUAGUUACCUUUUUGCUUAAAUUGCAGCAAAAAUGUCUUUCAUAUGAAAACGUAGAUGAAAUUCUGUAGUCCUAGGGUAGGUCUGAGCAGAUGGCUAUCUUGCUGAUUGCUUUCUCUACAAUUUAGAAAUUGUCACUUCUGAACACUUUUUUUUAAAUUAAGAACACACACAGAUUUCAAAUCUAUCAAUCUGCAGGUACAUUGUUCGUUCUUGCAUGUUUUUUAAAAUGUCAUGACAGAUUCACAGUGUAUACAAUUAGCAGUUUAGAAAAAUGAAGGUUGCUUGCAAUUUUUAGAUUGUAAUUGAAAACAAAAGCUAUUUUAACCAUAGGCUUUACUAAUUUUUUGUCUGAACAUUUCAGAUCUUGAUAAUGUAAUAGGUGAAUCAAAUGCAUAGACACCUUUUUUUCUUUUCCCCCUUUCCUAUAGAUACAAUAUUUGGUUUGACAGCUACAAUUUUUUUUAACAUUUGUUUGGAUUUCAUCCUAUUUUAGUGGGUGCAAUUACUACCGAGUAUUUUUCUUUGCAGUUACUUGUUUUUAAAAAGCAAUUUACUAAAGUUUAAUAGAACUGCUGUCAAUUAUUUUAUUCAAACCGUUCAACAAGUCUGUUCCCAAGUACUGCUGCUUGUCAGAAAUUGAUGGUCUUGGGUGUGUGGUUUAGCUGCUGAUGGAAGUAACAGCAGCUGGGAAGGUGAUCCGCCUUUGCAGUGAGCGCAGAAUUUAAUGAGCGGCAUUGGAACAUGCUGUGACAGUUUUAGCAGGGAGCUUUGUGUGUUGAACUUACUAGGGUUGCUUUUUCUCUCAGUAUUUAAAGCUGAUCAUCUCAUUUUGAUGAAACUGCCAUGGAGAAAGGAAUUUCAUUCACUUGGCUUCAUGGAAUUGAUGUGAGGAUUCUCUUUAGAGGGGAAGGAGGUUGUUGAUUGCACUUUUAUGAUCCUUUAACCCUCUGGCUGGGAAUCACAAUAGUAUAGUCGGUGUCAGUACAACAAGGUAAACCGAAGGCCUACCUCUAUAACUUUAUGCCAUAGUCUGGUUAUAUAAAAAUCUGUGUCAGAAAAAGCUUUGGUCCUUAAAAUCCAAUCCAGGAACAUGUAAUGCACUUCCUGUCCCUACAUAGGAGUUGUAUGCUAGAGCUCUUAGAUUGAGCUGCCGUCCUGAUGUAUAAUACUGGAUUCAGGACACAGCUGCAGUGCAAAGAAACGUUCAGUGACGAGCGAUAGGAAAGAUACUAUUUUUAAUUUAAAUGCUUAACUGAAUUUUUAGCAAUUCCCAAAACCAUGGGUAGACGCAAUUCAGAUGCAGCAGCCUUUUAAAGUGUCUUUAUACACAACCACCAAAUUUCUGGUCCUUUCCUUAUAAGAAGUGUUCGUAACUCUAUUUACUCAUUUCCACAUGGAAUAGAAGAGACCUACAGCGAGUUCACAGGUUUCAUCAGGCAAAUCCAGACCACUGUUGUAAUAUUUCUGCUGCCUCAAAUUCAUUAAAUCGUUGCAGUACUUUAGAGUGCAUGUCUGAAUCAUGCUGCGAUAGGCAUUCAAAAGCAAAGUUUUAUAUAUAUUUCAAAAUGACAAGCCGUUUUUAAUUACUUGAAUUGCACGUGUAUUUAAGAGAAGAGCUAUAUUCUGGUAGUUGAAGCUAACUCUCCGUCUUGCCAGUGUUGAUAAAUUACUGAUGGCAUCAUAUGUUUACUUCUUAGCUGAAGGAUUUUAGGCAGUACUCUUCACUCUGACAGGAGUGCUAUGAAAUUCCACCACGUAUACAGAAUUGCAUAGGACUCUUGUUUGAAGUGUGUUAAGGAAAAGAGAUUUUUGUUUCCUGUGAAUAUUUUUUUAUUAGAACACUUCUGAAUUGUGUGUUCAGACAGGAGAAUACUACUACUACUGAAGCAUUUAAGACCUUAUUGAAGAAAUCAGUUAGAAAUAUUUCUCACUGAACGCUUGGAGUGAGUUUUAUCUCUGUAUAUAGUCUAGUUGGGUUCACAUAUAACAGAAUUGCAAUGCUGUUUCACCAUAAAAUUGGCAUUCCUGUGAAAUACAAACCUAAUUAGACAGUUUUUUUAAAGUUUGGCAUCAAUAUUUUAUUUUAAAAUACUCUAAGGAUUCUGCUUCUUUGUUAAACGGACACAGUCAGUCGUUCUUAGUAACUUACACAUAGAAACAAGUUUUAAAGUUACCGUUGCAUGUGAGAUUUGUCUAUCAAUUUAAUCUGUAAUACCAAUCUGGUCCUUUUUCCUCUCGACAGAUGUUUCACUGGAUGUUGUUUAAAUUGCCAUUACUCAGCAUAGCGCUUUCUUGAGCCAAAAUGUGCUCUGGCAUCAUCAACUGGUGACAAUUUAGCCUUGGAAAGAGCAGUUGGCUGCCUCUUGCUACGUAGCAAUAGAGGGGUCAUAAACCUUUGCUUUUUGGAGCUGGGCACACGCACACUUACUCUCCCCCACCCCUCGAAAGUGGGGAGGUGAAGGUUUGAUUGUGGGGUGGAGUCAAUUUCAGGUCCAGAGGAUUUCAAUCAGAUCAGAUGGAAUUUUGUGCUGACCAGCCUUUACCAAGCCUCUUUCCUAAGAAUUGGAGACUAGAAUGUGCAUGUUUUGGGCUGGGAAAGCAUUGUUCAGAUUAUCCCAUUAAAAUAUAAACUAACUGUAAACAUAGCAACGUUUUACUGUGCUUCAGCAAAUGAAGGUCCCAGGGAAACAGUCAUUCAGUGUAAACAUGUUUGCGUCCUGCUGGCAAUACUUCAUGUUUGGGUAGCCCUGCUUAGGCCUUCAAAGACUUGCAACCGAAGUAUCUCAUUCUAUAGCCUAGGCAGGUUACGGAGCCUGAUGAAAUUAAAGCUGCUUUUCAGCUUCAGACUUGGAUUAUCAGAGGUUUUUAAUCCUAGAGUUCUUUGAUUUUGAGAGAUUCCCUUUGUAGCCCAGGCUUUUCCUUGGGGUAGAUAACAUCCUAUCCCUCAUCUUCAACUGCAAAGAGAUUAUUACUUUGAUGGGUUUGACUAGUGCAACCUUAAAGUGUAAUCACCUUAUUUCUUGUUGUGGAAUUGAAGGGAGGAAAAAGCUGAGGGAGCUGUUUAACUUCCUGGUGACUCUAAGUAGUGUUGAGGUUUGCCACUAUUACUACUUAGUCCACUUCAUCUUCUGUACGCUAUCAAAUAAGAUAGAUACUGCAGCAGGUUUAAGUUUUGGUAGUUUAAUUCUUCCUGUGUUUCUCUUUACCGUAUAGAACAUUACAUCCACUCAUUAAAAAUCUUUGUUUCUUGAUAACACUUGACAGAUUUAGGUUCAUGUUCUUAAAAGGUUAAAUUAGUUAAGUCUCUCUUGAAGCCUAGCAACUGGAUAUCUCACGCAAAGUCUAGCAUUAUGCUGCAUGAAGUCAGAGGCUUAAACAUAACCAUUUUUGGAAAUUAUAAAAUUGAAUUGGCUGCAUUGAUUUAUCAUAGUCUAAUCAUAUUCAACCAAGCAGCUCAGUAAGGAUUUCAAAAAAUAGAAGCAAUAAUUUCUUAGGAAUGUUUUUUCUUCCAAUUACUCAAAUUAUUUGCAUGGAGACUUAUUACUUAAAUAAACCUUUAAAUAAUUUUAAGCUGAUUUAUCUCUGAUCCACUCUGUCAACAGUCAGUUCAGGACAGCUGUUGGUGGGGAAAGACGCGUGCCUUUCACAACAAGGUGCAAAGAAGUAUUUGAAGGAGAAACAACAAAUCCGGUGCAAAUUACAACACUCUCUCUGAAUCUCUUGUCCUUGCUGGUCUAUUGUAGAUGGGUCUGUUUGUAAAAUAUGGAACAUUCCCCACUUCAAGUCUAACCAGCAGGGACACUCUGAACUUAGACUCCUGCUCCUGGGAAUCAAUUUCCCCAUCACUAGCCACAGUUAUGAGUGACUUUCACUAUGGAAAUUCUGGCUGACAGAUUCAGUUGAGAAACAUGCCAAACUUUCCCCAGAAAGCUAACUUUUUUUAUACAAAAAAGGCAUGGAUGCUAGAGCAAGGGGAGUCUCACCCUAGGAGGAAUUCCUCUUGUCCCAGAGCGUUUGAAUAACUACAUGGCAGAGGUGGCAGUAUUAGGAAGUAGGUCGUUCAAGGCUAAGUCUCGCUAGAACCCAUCUCUCUAAUCGUGGGUUUUGGUGAUGUAGGACUUGCUCCGAAGCCCAGGGAAGUCAAUGGAAGGACUUUCAUUCACUCAAGUGGGCCUUGGAUCGGGCCCUUAAUACCCAUUUGCAGCUCUCUGGAUUAAGACUAAAUUUACAAAUGGCGGGAGGAGGAAGUUAAAUAGUUUCGCUGGAGACAACAGAAGCCCAGCUGGUGGGCUCCCUCCUUGAAACCUAUUUUGAUGGUCAAGAUUAUUUUUUUUCUCCAACAUUUCCAUAUUUUUCCUAACUGCAAUUGAAUGUGAUUUGGUUGUGUGACAUCCUGUGGUUCAGUACCUAGUUUUACCUGUAGUUUAUAUAGAGAAUUUAAAAUGUUUAGUGACAGAGCUAGAGGUAACACUAGGUACUGAACUAUAUGGUUUGGGCCAAAAUAUCCUUGGUGGUUGUAGGUUUUCCUGAAUUGUACCAAGUAAUGUUGUUUUCACUUGAGUUCUUCCCAUUUUUCCCACUUCUUAAUCUGCUGCAAGCUAUAGAAUAUAUAUCCUGUUUCAAGAACUCCUGCAUGAAAUUGAAAGCAUCUGAAGUAUCUGUUGUGGAAGAGCGAUUGUUUCUAUUUGCAGCUGUGUUUUCCUUGUUUUCUGUUGCUAGGCCUAAUGUAAUGCACGCCAAAUGUUGCACAUGAAUGGUAUUGAGGACUCUGUGUAAGAAAUACCAAGUUUUAUUUUUCCUUAAGGUGACUUUUAUGGCUAUAGAUAGUCCUUGAGCUUAAGCCGCCACACUGCAAGUUUGUAAAUUUGCGUUGAAAAGGGUCAUUCUGAAAGGAUAAGCUACCCAGAGUUUUCUAUUUCUCAUGUUGCAUCCAGAAUAAGCAUAUUGCAAAUGCAUCGUCUACUAACUCAAAUGUUAAACUCUGAUUUUAUUUUAAGGGAUUUUUCACUUCAGCAAGGGGAGAUUGGAUCUGAGAAGGAUCCGUUCUCUCUUCACAAUGUCACUAACGCGUGACUUCAGCCAGUCAGGGCAGAAAGGUUCUGCCAUUAAGGUGCUUGGUCUUGCCCUGCUUAAAUGGAAGAUAAUUUCCUGUAAGAUGGAUUUGAAUUUUUAGACCUGAACAACCUUCAAAUUUGUCUUGCUUUUAACCUGGCCUUUCCAGCCUGCAAACUGUUGCUUUGGACCCCUGGGGAGACACAUAGCUUUGUCUGAUGUGCAGGGGACUGAGAGCCUGUUGCAUCAUACAGCAUCCUGAUUAACCUGAUGGCAACAGGAGCUGUCACUUCUGAUACCAGCAGUAAA